UCUCCACCAGUGCCAUCUCCUUCCGCGGCAGGACAGGCAGACGAUGCCGAGAGCCCCGAGCCCUGCGGGUCCUUGGCAUUGUGUUAGGCUUCGCUGCAGGUAGCAGGCCAUUCUUGCCCUAUUAGAGAGCUCUGUGAGGUCCGCCUUGCCUCUCCGCCGGCUGGAGACAUGGCCAAGGCGCUGUUGCUGAUCUGCAUCUUGGUUUAUCCAGGAUCCUGUGCUCUCUGGGUGUCUCAGCCCCCAGAGAUUCGUGUCCAGGAGGGCACCACCGCUCUCCUGCCCUGCUCUUUCAAUGCCAGCCGAGGGACAGUGGCCAUUGGCUCUGUCACAUGGUACCGAGACAAAGUGGCCCCAGGCACGCAAGUGAGCAACAUGACCCCAGAGUUCAGUGGCCGUGUGGCCUCUUUUGCCGUUGUUCCUCAAUUCACCAGGGACCACAAGGCAGAGCUGAUCAUACAGGACAUUCAAAGCCGUGACUCCGGGAUCUAUGUGUGCUGGGUGGAGGUGCUAGGCCUGGGCAUCGGAACAGGAAACGGGACCCGGCUGUUGGUGGGGAAAGGGACUCCUCAGCAAGCUUCCAGCUCAGAGCAAGCAGUCCACACAAGUCUCCUCCUUCGGGCUGGAUUCUACGCCUUCAGUUUUCUCUCUGUGGCCAUGGGUAGUACCCUCUAUUAUCAGGGCAAAUGUGAGUUGAGCGGGGGCAAUGGUGGCAGAAAUGGGGGGAACAGACUGCAAGGAGAGAGCUUCUGGUGCUAGCUCUGAGCAGCAACUCCCCACCCCGCCCCUUGCUGUUUCUCCCAGGCCCCUGUCACGUGGGAACACACGGCGCCCCUCCCACAGCCUGUGAGGAUUGAGUGUAUCUCAGUGACCCAGCACUGUCGAGACCAACAAUAAAUCUGCUCCUCCCUCCUCCUUAGGACUCUCAUGUAUUUUCUUCCUUCUCCAGACACCCCCAUGCUUCUCUCCACCCCCACCCCAGCUGUCCCUUCUUCCAGGAUUGACACUGAAAGGUCCGGGGACAGACUUGCUGCCUUUAAUGCUUAGAGCCGCUCCCAGCCACACCUGCCUGUCCUGGGCGCUGAGGCUAUGGCCUCAGCAGCUGAGAAUGAAGAUUAUCAGAGCCGAUUUGACCCCUUGUCAAUUGUACCUUGGGG